CAACGUGUUUAAAAAGGCUGCGAUUUUCCCACGUCAGAGUUCUCUGCACAUUGAGGAGUUUAACUGCUCGAAGGAAAACAACAACAAGUGUUUGCUGAGGCGCACACGUAGCUUAAAUGCUCCAUCGCCUUUCCAGCAGUUUGGACCAUGUGGUCGCAUUAUGAAAAACUCCGUGAUGGUUAUGCAAAUUCAGGAUCCGGCUAGUCAACGCCUGACCUGGUAUAAGCCACCACUCACCGUGCUGGUCAUCAAGAAGGUCAGCGAUGCCUCUGUGCUGGCUCCAUUUGUGCAGCUGGUGACUUGGCUGCUGAUCGAGAAGAAUAUGGUCGUUUGGGUAGAGUCCGCAGUGCUGGAGGAUGCACUACUCAACGAGGACACUCAAUUUCAGGAUAUUCGAGACAAACUGGUGACCUUCAAAGAUGGUCGCGAUGAUCUCACCGAUCGCAUUGACUUCAUUGUCUGCCUUGGAGGAGAUGGAACACUGUUGUACGCUUCGCUGCUAUUCCAGCAAUCGGUGCCACCGGUGAUGGCCUUCCAUUUGGGAUCGCUGGGCUUCUUGACACCCUUUCGCUUCGACAAUUUCCAGGAGCAACUCACCAGUGUGCUGGAGGGUCAUGCGGCGCUGACAUUGCGCAGUCGUCUGCGCUGUGUGAUGCACCGGAGGAGUGACAAGCGACACCAGACAUUGGCGAACCAUGCUGUCGAUUCGGAUGAACAAUGUACACCCGCUCCCAAUAGUAUUUUAGUGCUGAACGAGGUGGUCAUCGAUCGCGGACCAUCCCCCUAUCUGAGCAAUAUUGACCUGUUUCUGGAUGGCAAGUACAUCACGUCGGUGCAGGGAGAUGGUCUCAUUGUGUCAACGCCCACGGGCAGCACAGCGUAUGCUGUGGCCGCUGGUGCAUCCAUGAUUCAUCCCUCUGUGCCGGCAAUUAUGGUGACGCCCAUUUGUCCACAUUCGCUGAGUUUUAGGCCCAUUGUGGUACCAGCUGGUGUGGAACUAAAGAUUUCAGUUUCUCCCGAGAGUCGCAAUACAUCCUGGGUCAGCUUCGAUGGCCGCAACCGUCAGGAACUGUUCCAUGGUGAUAGUCUGCGUGUGACAACCUCGAUUUAUCCGGUUCCCAGUAUUUGUGCACAGGAUCAAAUAUCCGACUGGUUUGCAUCGCUAGCCGAUGGACUCCACUGGAAUGUGCGCAAGCGUCAGAAAUGUCUCGAUGAACUCUCGGAUCUAACAGCAUCCGGAUCGGAGGAUACAUUCGACGAGAUUGAAAAUCUAAAAUUGUACGAUUUGUAGGCGUAAGUUUUUUUUUUUUAUAGAGGUCUCGUUAUAAGCUUCAGUUGUAGAUAAACUUUGCAAUUUAUGCAUGUGUUUAAGUUGAACAUUAUAAAAUGUUAAUUUAUAAGUAGACUUAAAAUGUAGUUACAUAUCGAUAAAUAUUAUUAAUGCGAAUCAAAACGGAGUAGAUCAUUAUGGAUCACAAGUGGAGUCAACUUUCCGCUUUUAUCGAUAUCGAAUAUACUAGCCGUUAAAUCAGCUCAGAAUAUUUAAA